CCCGGGGUCUCUGCUGGUGCUGCAGCGACGACCCUUACUCCCCAGGUUACCGCAGCCGCCGCUAUUCCCCACCUCGCUCGUAGUCGCAGAGACACUAACCGCUGUCCCUCCGGGUCCACGAGCCACGUGACCCGCCGAGUCAUGUGACUCCGCAGCCCGGCGGCUGAAGUCUGUUACCCUGGCAACUCCUGGGCCCCGCAGACCUUCUGGGAAAGCGCGGAAUUCAGAAGCAAAGGGUUUCCAGUGUUGUAAAUAUUUUGGAAUGUUUACUUUGGGAAGUGAAAAUUAUAGAUCAUGGCUCUCUAUUCCAAAGAAGAGUUGGAUGAAGAGUUUGAACAGUUCAUGAAAGAGCUUUCAGAUGAUUCUUUUGAGAAUUCAAACAAAACACCUAGACAACCUAAAAACGAAGUGAAGAAGAAAGAUACAGUGCCCUGGUGGAUGGCUGAAGGUGAUUUCGAAGACAGCGGGCUGCAUGGAACAAAUGUAAGCUAUUUGAAAACAAAGAGGACUUCUCAGCCAGUUAUGGAAAUGGAAGAGGAGUCUGUUGAGAGGAUUCAGCUUCUUAAGAGCAGUGGAACCUCUAUCUUGAGCAUUGACAGCUUAGAAACAAAUGAGAUAGUAGUUUCUGAGCUCAACCAUAGUGUUCUCGGUUUGGGAUUGGACACAUUAGAAGAACAAGAGGAAAAAGAGCAGUUUUUUGCCAGGCUUGAGAAAGGCUUAACGUCUUCCAUCGAUUAUUCAAGAUUAAAUAAGGAAUUGGAUUCUAAUGACUCCACACAUUUUAAAGCUUUACAUAGUUAUCAAGCCAAUAUAGAACGAACUGAAGAUAAGUGUGAGAAUGAAUCGAAACAUGAAGAACUGGCAGAAAAUUACAGUGAUGAUUUUGAAGAUGAGGAGGAUAUUGAUGCACCUUUGCCUACUAAAGAUGGAGAGACUAAUUGCAAAGAAAAUCCCAUAUCAGAAAAAACAAAAGCACCCAAACAGGAAGAAGAGAAAACUGGCAUGCUGGCUAAUGUCGUGCUGCUUGAUUCGUUAGAGUCUGUUGCAGAGGUCAACCUUGAUGAACAGGAUGGAGCAGCAACUAAGCCACAGGCCCUGCCGGAAGGGACUGAUCAUGAAAUGACAGGAACAGCAGGUGUUUCUUAUGGACAAAGCAAUAGUGACAUUGAAGCUCUACAUCAGGCUUAUCAUCAUAUAGCUCAUUCUUUGGGAGAUGCAGAUGAACAAAGAACUGAGAGAAAUGCAGUAGAAAAUAGCAAGAGCUCAGUGAAAGAUCGUCCUCAAGAAAAUGAAGAGUCCUCUAGAAACAUCUCUACUACGGAAUCUGAUCUGCCCACCGUGGAAGAACUGAUGAAACCUAUCAGAAUCGAUUCCUUUCGGGUCAGUGGUUUUGAUUUACAGCCUGUCAGCUAUAAGAAACUGGCUGAUAGUAAAGACACUGAAUUUGUAAGCCCUUUAACCCUUAAGAUGAAUCCAAAUGUUAUGUCUCAAGAGCCACGAAAUGUAAACCAGUUUUUUGAUAAAAAUGAAGAGAAUGUGGUUUUACAAAAGACAACAAAUGAAGGUAUAGAAAAUAGCUGUCCAAGAGUAAAUGCUACAGAAGAACAAGUAGAUAAAAUGUACCUUGAUAUUUUAAGGAAAAAACUGUCUGUUGGUCCUUCAUUAUUACCGCAGGAUGACAAAAUAAAGAAAACUUUUAAAUCUCAUCUCAGUUCUGAAGAAGAAGGAGCUGUGCUUGGUAAACAGCUGCCAUACAAGAAGGCCAGAAGUGCACCUCCUUUACUUAAAAGAAAACCCCAGAGUGGACUGUACGCUUCAGUCAGGAGCUCAGGCUACGGCAAAUCCAGCUCACCGUUCAAGACACUUUCUACUCUGGAAAAGAAAACUUCAAAGGAUAUUAUGAAAAGCAAAAACUUGAGAUCCAUUCCCUCCUCAAGUCAAGUGAGGAAAAAAGAAAUCUUAUCUGAAACAAAACUCAUCAAGUCUUCAGCUUUGGGUAAACCAGAUCCCAAAACUGGAAGCUGCCUGGCUACUCCUGAGAAACCUGAAGAUCCCACAGAAACUGAUUCCUGUGUUCAGUUUCACAAUGGUUCUUCAGGAUGUCAUGGUGGGAACAAGGAGAUAGAAUUAAUUAUGUUUAAAAGAGUUGAGGAAGCAGAGGAAAAGUGGAGGGGUGCACAAGCCCUAAUUGAGCAAAUUAAAGUCACGUUCUCCGAAAAAGAGAGAGAGUUGGAAGAUAAGAUGGAAGAACUAAAGAGACAACAAGAAAAGGAACUCUUCAAACUGAGUCAAGACAAUUAUAUUCUUCAAGCCAAGUUAAAUAGCUUUGAAGAAACAAACAAAAAACAAAGGUGGUUACAUUUUGGAGAAACAACUGAUCCUGUCACUGAAGAAAAAUUGAAGCAAAUCCAAAAAGAAAUACAAGAACAAGAGACACUUCUUCAAGGAUAUCAACAGGAAAAUGAAAGAUUGUAUAAUCAAGUGAAGCAUCUCCAAGAACAAAACAAGAAAAAUGAGGAGCGAAUGUUCAAGGAAAACCAGAAUUUAUUCAGCGAGUUAGCUUCCUUAAAAGAACAGAUGCACAAAAGUCGUUUCCUGUCUCAAGGAGUUGACGAUCCAGAGCCCAGUAGAAACCAGAAUUUUACAGAUCUGUUAGCGGAACUACGGGCGGCACAGAAAGAAAAAAACAGUUUAUUGGAAGACAUCAAAAGGCUGAAGCAAGACAGACAAGCUCUUGAAGUAGACUUGGAAAAAAUGAGGAAAGAGAGAGACCAAGCCAAGGAUCAGAUUGCUUAUGCCACAGGUGAAAAAUUAUAUGAAAUAAAAAUUUUACAAGAAACACAUAAACAAGAAAUCAGUCGUCUGCAAAAAAGAUUACAGUGGUAUGCUGAAAAUCAGGAACUUCUGGAUAAAGAUGCAAUUCGGCUUAAAGAAGCAAAUGAAGAAAUUGAGAAGCUCAAACUUGAGGUUGAGAAACUGAAAGCUGAAUCUGGAAGUCCAUCUGUUCAGCAGAAGAUACAUUUAAAAGAUAGAGCAGCUGAUGCCAAAAAAAUUCAGGAUCUAGAGCGACAAGUUAAGGAAAUGGAGGGAAUUUUAAAGAGAAGAUAUCCCAAUUCUUUACCUGCUUUAAUAUUGGCUGCAUCAGCAGCUACUGAUACAGUGGAUAGAAAUACAGUGGAAUUUAUGGAAAAAAGGAUAAAAAAGCUAGAAGCUGAUCUGGAGGGCAAAGAUGAAGAAGCAAAGAAAAGCCUUCGUACCAUGGAACAGCAGUUUCAGAAAAUGAAGAUUCAGUAUGAACAGAGACUGGAGGAGCAGGAGCAGCUUCUUGCCUGCAAAUUAAAGGAAGCACCCCAGAGCCAGCAUGACAGCUCCUCCAGGGUUAAAGCGCUAGAGAAGGAACUCAGCGACCUUAAGGAAGCCCAUCAACUCACUGUAAGAAACCUUGAAGCUGAAAUAGAUGUUCUCAAACAUCGGAAUGCUGAGUUAGAACUCAAAAAUGACAAAGAUGAUCAAGAUUUCCAGUCUCUAGAAUUCCAGGUGGAACAGGCUCAUGCGAAAGCUAAACUGGUGAGACUCAAUGAGGAGCUGGCUGCCAAGGGGAGAGAAGUACAAGACCUGUCGAAGACUGUGGAGAGGCUGCAGAAGGAGAGAAAAAUGAUGCUGUCUAACCAGAACUCUAAGGGGAGAGAGGAAAUAACUGCAAAAAGGGUGAAGAAAGAUGUUUUGCACCCAGGUAAAAGAAAUGCUGCCUCUUUCUCUGGAACCCAGGGUGGCAAGCUUUACCAACCACGUACUUUUACUGAUUCCCGUAUUUCAGAGGUUUUAGAAGAAAACUACAGAUUGAAAAAUGAACUGGAGAGAUUAACUGUGGAGAGGAAUGAGCUGAAGAUGAAAUCUGAAGUAGCCAUGAACCAAUUUGAAAAUUCUAUGAAAAGGGUCAAGGAAGACACCGCAGCACACGUCACGUCUCUGAAAGCAGCUCAUCAGAGGGAAAUAGAGAAGCUCCUUUGCCAAAAUGCAGUAGAAAAUUCCUCUUCCAAAGUAGCGGAACUAAAUCGUAAAAUAGCAACUCAAGAGGUACUUAUAAAACAUUUCCAAAAUCAAGUUAAUGAGCUGCAGGGUAAACAAGAGUCUCUUGUAGUUUCUCAAGUUCGAGAAGAAAUCCUACAGAAAGAGAUCACAAAACUCUUGGAAGAAUUGAGAGAAGCCAAACAAAACCAUACACCAGAGAUGAAACAUUUUAUGGGCUUAGAAAAGAAAAUUAGACAGAUGGAAAUGAGACAUGAGCAAAGGGAGCAGGAACUUCAACAGAUAAUACAGCAAACACGCCAAGUAGUAGAAAAUGAGCAAAACAAAGAAAUUGAGAAAUGGAAAAGACUCGCCCAGUUGAAGAAUCGCGAGCUGGACAAGUUCCGCACAGAAUUAGACUCCAUAUUAGAUGUUCUCCGAGAGCUGCACCGGCAGGGGGUGGUCGUGCCCGUUGCUCUUGCGGAUGAAGUGAAUGCACCAGACUGUUACUAGAAACUCGGAUUUCAUGGGACUUCACCAACAGGCCCGAAGGUGGAUGGGGUUGUGCCGCUGGCAGCAUUUCAAAAUAAAUUGUCCUUCCUUAACCAGUAAGGAAAAAAAAGAUUCAUUAUGGUGUAUUUUACUGAAAAUCAUUAACCAAGUCGCAUUUUAAAUAGUUUAAGGAAAAGUCCCUUAAUGUCAGAUGAUUAGAACUAGUGAGAUCUCACUUCUGUGCUAGAUACGGAAAGUAAGGAAAAUGGCGCAUACUCUGCCACUGUUGACCAAGUGUUCGUUCUUAAUUCUUGGUGCCAGAGAAACAGCUGCUCUUUCUCCUGGAGAUGCAGAGCUAUGUGAGCACAGUGGCUUGGACAGUCUCAUCGACAGUCACCUGAGUCGUAGAGCUUCCACCAUGGUGCAGACGAGACGUGUAACUUCUGUAUAAGUGGACAUUGAACUCUCGUGUUCUCCCAGAUUUCCGCUCCUACCUCUAGGUGCCUCAUUUUUGCACCUGAUAUAAGGUGCAAAGUAUAUUUCAUAAGUAAUAGGGAAAUUUGAUUUAUUCAUUUUCUUAAUCUAAUAGGAUUUUUACUUUAUUUAAAAGUAAUAUAUGUUCAUUAGAAAAAAAUUAAAAGCAUGCAUAACAGUAGCCUGAUUGUUAUUUUAUUUUACUAAUUCCCAUUUUCAAAAGCAGAUAGUGAGUAGAUAAGAUACUGGUAAGUUAAAGCUAUAGCCACUUUCUUUUCAAAUGUUCUAGCCCACGGCUGUCUUGUAGUAGUAUAAUGUGAGCUACAUGUAAUUUUAAUUUUCUAGUAGCCACAUUUAAAAAGAUAAAAAAUAAAUUAAUUUUGGUCAUUUAUGUAAUCUAAUGUAUGUAAAAUAUCAAUAUAAAAAUUGAGUUUUUACGUUCUUUUCAUACUAAGUCUUCAAAAUCUGGUAUAUUUUACAUUUACAGCACAUCUCAAUUUGGACUAGCCACAUUCCAAGUGCUCAAGGACCACGUGCCAAUAAGUGCAAUUGUAGAAUACUACUUACAAAAUGAAAUUGUUUACAAAGGACAGGGGAAACAGACCUUAGUGAAAAUACGGGUAGCAAAUACGAAAUGUGGAAAUUGUUAUAUACAAGGAAUGCAAUUAAAGUCUUAACGUCCAGCAUUUUUUAAUGUCCUUUUCCUAAGAGAGUAGAAAAAGCAUUAAUUAUAGUUUGCUAUUUUUUUAUGUGAAA